CGGGCGGCGCAGCGGCGCCCCCUAGCGGGGGGCGGGCGGGGCCGCUGCCCGCAGCCCGGCAUGGAGGAGGACGAGGGGGCUGCGGGAGGCGCGGAGCAGCGGCGGUCCCGCCGCCGGCCCGGUGCCGAGCGCUCCCCCAGCCCCAGCCGCCUGGACGUGAGCUCCAGCCGCUUCGACCCGCUGCUGGCGCUGUACUCCGCCAGCACGCCGCUGCCCUUCCCCGCCGCGCCCUGCUUCAACAACCUGGCCGAGUACGAGAGCUUCCAGCGCGGCCUGCUCCGCCCGCGCGGCCGCCGCUCCGCUCCCUCCCGCCGCGGCCCAUCCGCCGCCCGCGCUGCCCGCCGCGGCCCGCCCGCCGCCGACCCCGAGCGCAUCCAGCGCCUCCGCAGCCUCAUGGUCAACGCGGGCCCCGAGCAGGAGGCGGCCCAGGGUGGAGCGGCCGCCAGGCGCCGGCGGCCGCCGCGCAACGUCCUCACCAGGAUGCCCCUCCAUGAAGGCAGCCCACUGGGGGAACUUCAUCGCUGUGUCCGAGAUGGCGUAAAAAUCAACGUCCACAUCCGCACUUUCAAAGGUCUUCGUGGAGUCUGCACAGGAUUUUUGGUUGCAUUUGACAAAUUCUGGAAUAUGGCCCUGACAGACGUGGAUGAGACAUACAGGAAACCAGUAAUGGGCAAAGCUUUCUAUGCAGAACCUCAGCUCACACUAACCCGGCUGUUUGACAGACUCAAGCUGCAGGAGUCCUCAGUCAAGAAGGGCACUGACUCAAAGACUGUCUCCGACGAGCUGGCCCUGACAAGUGACUCUCAGACGCUCGGGCGGAAAGUUGGAUCAGGACGAGGGAAAGCGGAAGAUGAGCGUGAGAAACAGAAACGCUCGGGCAGAGCUGCAGAAAAGAAGAUGCCAGGUGACAGUUUGCAUCUGGCUGCCACAGGUGAAGCUGAUGUGGGCAGCGGGACUGCCCACGCAGAGGGGGCCAGUGCUGGCGGUGCCCGUGCAAGAAGUCAGUCACGGAGAAAAAGGCGGCCCAAAGUGGAUUAUCAACAGGUGUUCACCCGUCACAUAAACCAGAUUUUUAUUCGAGGAGAGAAUGUCUUGCUUGUCCAUUUAGCACAUUGACUUGGCUGAGCCUUCAUCAGCGUAUUUAUUUGAUAGCAUGAAUUGCGGCUGCAGCUCUCAUUGCUAUUUAGCGUUCUCAUUAAUUAUGAUGGUACCGUGACUGGUUUCCUGUCGCCAUAACAAGGUAGAGGAAAUAAUUCUAACUGGAGCAUCCUGAGCUGGAUGCCGGAGCAGCCUCCUUAACUCUCCAUUGGGAGUCUCAGGAUGAGGUCAGUGAGGCAGUUGUUUUUGGGAGGUGAGGGAGGUAAGCGCAGAUCCCACUGCUCCUGAAAAAGAUGCGACCUGGAGAGGGUUGGAAGAGAAUUUUGGUGUACUCAGUUAGAGGAUCUAAUUGUGGCACACACAUAAGGAGCUUAAGAUUAGCUCCUACCCAAAGUGAAUCACAAAUACUUUUUUGCAUGUUCUGAAUAAUCUCAAGAGAAGAUUGCUAAUGAAACCAACAGUUUAUCUGCAGUUGUUACAUGGAUAUGUUAUUUUCCAGACAAUUCUGACAGUCGUUUUGAGAUAGUAUAUAAAAAGGUGGAGUGACAUACUACUGAUGGCCGUUAGCCUCUUUGCCAUAGGGAGCUCUGUAAUGCCCUGUGUGACCUCUUUAUUGAAAACUGCUCUUUUUCUGUGACUGAUGGCAAGACUUGAAUUUAUUUUCCAUAUCAAAGCUUAGGCUUCUGUUUGUAAAAGUGUGCUUUAGCCCUGUGUCACCAGCAAGCAACUAAUGUCGCUGAUCCAGGGACCUCCAUAUUUGGAGUUUAUCUGGGAAUGUUGUGGAUGCAGAUGGAAAACUGUACUUUUAUAUUCCAACCAUUCGCUAUUUAGUGUGAUAGUGAAGUUUGCAGAGAUGUAGUUACUUCUUCUCAAAUUUAAGUGUUUGUGCUGAGCACAACUGUACUGUAUCUAAGCGCCUUUCAAGUCCCCUCUGUUGAAACUAGAGGUGCUGUGUCUCCAGCGAUUCUCAUGGAGCAGAAAUCUUCGUGGGUCUUUCCUAUCCAUAUGAAUGAUGCAUCAUCUAAUUCCAGUUGAACUGAGCUUUGGAGGUGUGCCUAGAAAUGUUUUGAAGUAUGAAAGUCAAACUCAGCUCAUCAGUGGUUUUAUUUUAGCAAGGUUGUUAAGCUACAGUCGAUCAGGCCAGGUUUUGGCAGCUCUAAACUGCUUUUCAAAAGCUACAUGCAGAAAUGUGAGGGUAAAUGAAACUGUUCUGUUAUCUAGUCUGUUCCCCUACUUGCCAAAGGACACUAGAUUUCACAGUGCUAUUCCUGUUUUCAUCUCAACUACCUUAUGCUUUGCAGCAGCUCCAUGUGUUUAAGAUGAGGUUGGGAAAUUGCCAGGGUAAUGGUCAGGUCUGACAAUGGGUAAAACAAGUUUUAAUGCCUUGUAGCAGGUCUUGUAUUGCAUAUAGAGGUCGUAAGUCCUCAAACUAGGCAACUGUACUCUCAAUGACGUGUAUUUCUGUCGCUGCAAAUGCAGCAUACUGCUUGCUUGUUGUUAGGGGUAUGUCUGCUGCUUGGGUGAGUUACAGGAAUCAUUUAGCAGGGAUUUCUGGACACACAAAGCAGCUGGAUGCCUCUGGGGGAGCCUGAAACUUUUAUGUCAGUGUUUCAGAUGCCAUGGGGCUUGGAUGGAUGAUGAGCUGAGCUGCAAACCCAGGUUCAGCCUGGGACAGAAGUGCCUCAGAAGAAAAAGUACUGUUGGCACAAAGCAGUUUCAUUGAGAGCGGGGAAAAAAACAAAUGGGAGGGGAAAAAAAAAGGAAAUAAUAUCUAUAGAAUAUCUACAGUUUUUUACAACGCAUAGCUUUAUUGCUAUAAUCCCUUCCUACUAUCAACUGAGACUGAAAGGAUUCUUCUCUUGGAGGUCCUUGUUUCCUCUCCUUUUUUCCUUUCUUGUCUCCUCUCAGUACUUUGUCUCCUCAGGACAUUCUAAACUCUGGUUUAGGAAGAUCGUUCUUGUAUUCUCCCCUAGUUGUCCUGGCUUUCCGAACUUUUCCUGCUUGGCUUUCCGUGUGGUCGCCAACUGUCCAGAACCAGUGACUGUUUUUCUUCCUUGGUUGUGGGCUGUUUUUCCCUUCUGCUUUCCAACGGGUUUGGUUUGAUUUCAGUUGCCUGGGAUAACUCUCUCUGCCUCUUCCAUUCAUGCCAAAGGCUCCUGGGUUUGACACCUCUCCUCUUUCCUUCAUACUUGACCAAAGGGUGUCAAAUCUCCACUCAGGCCUAUGUACUAUGAUAUCUAAUUGAAUUCUUGCUCUUCUUUACCUCACAUUCUUGAUUCUCUUUGUUGGCCUAGUUCAUACUGCCUUGGGCAUUAAAUAAGGUAUAACCACCGUGAAUGUUCUUGUGGCUGUACUGCUGUGCUCUUCCCUUGCCAGUUGACCACCAAGUUCUCAGUUCCUACUGGGAGUCUCAGCGUUUCCUUGCAUCAGAAGUUCUUCUCUUGCAGGUGUUUGUUGCUUCACAUCUAUGAGAUUUUUUUAUGUUUUAUGAAAAAUGCUGGUGCUUAGACUUGCAUUUGUGCCUUGAUUUUUAUGUCAUCACUGACCCGUUCUUCCAAAACCAUCACCUCAGUCAACAAACCUCAUUAAGAACCGUACAGUUUAUCUACUUUUUUUGCUCUACCUCAUUAUUAAACUGUUCCUCCUCUAUUGUCUUUUUCUCAGUUGGUUAAAAUUCUCUCUUCCAAUUCAGAUUUAAUGGCUUAUCUGGUGGUUCUUCCUUCUUUUCCUACUUCCAUAUCCAUCUCUCAUUAUUUUCAAGCUGCUUCCUAAAUACACGCUCUUCCACAACCUCAGAUCUUCCAAAGGGUCUUUCUUUUCCCUGCUUUCUAUGCUCUAAAGCCCAUUAUCAAAAUGCUUUUUUAUUAAUUUUGUCUCUUUCAAGCAUAGCGUUUGUGAUUUUUGUCUUUUUCAAGCAUCGUGAUUGUGGCUAAACAAGUGAUCCUGUAUGUGUGUUGUCGCUUGCAUGGUUAAUACUUCAGAUAAAGUUGCUCUUUGAAUAAAAUUGAAUGUGAUGUUCUGAAAUGAAGUCUUCUACCUCACUUAAGUAUUCAUGUAAAUCUGUUUGGUUUUGUUUGUUUGUUGUUGCGAGGUUUUUGUUUGGUUGGUUGUUUUUUUUAAAGAAAACAAUCCUUGGAAACAAAUCAGGUCUGUGGGGGUUUUUAUUGUUUCUGGCUAUUUCUUUCUGGGCUGUUCCUCUGCUGCGGUGUCACAAAGAUGCUGUGGGCACAGACACCUGAAAUCAUUACGCUAAAGAAUGAAGAGCAGGAGCAAGAGGCACUCGUAGGAACAGGGAGCUGUGGGAGAGUGGAAGAGCGAUGGGCCAAAUACAAAGAACUCUGGAAAGGAUGCACCUACUGGUUGCAGUCUGCUCAGUAUUUCUAGGACGUUGUCCAGCCUGGUGCUCAGUGGUGGUUCCUAAAGCGUGUUUAUGGUGAGGCACCAAAUUACCGUGAGGAGCAAAGUUUGCUGAAUUACUAUGGAAGAAGUGUUGUGAUAAUUUGAGAACUUUUCAGGAUCAUUUCUAAGAUAGAAGGCGAAUGUGAAACUUGUGAAAUGUCACAAUGAAAGCUGCAGAAUCAGUGUAAUGCAGUAGUCUUGGGAUGUGAUAUCACAGAUAUAUCUCCUGGUGUCAUCGUGUAUCUUUUCAUUGCCGGCGCAGUUCAGUAGGGAGCUGAGUCUCGUGGUAACUCUGACAGUGACAAUUUUCUCUACAUGGUGGUAAAAUUCUAGAGACCUUUGCAGAUAGUCUGGAUGGGGUUUUCAUUAUCAAAUACUUCUUAAGCAGGGCUGUCGUAGUAGAGUAGAACAGGCCAAAGGAAAAAAGAGCUUGUAGAAAGUGUGGGUUUAGUUCCUUCUCUCAACUGGUCCAGCUUGUUAGUUGCCUGAAAGUUUGUUUUGUUUGUUGGUUUGCUUUUUCUGAUGUAAAGACAGAUACUUAGCGUGUCCUCACCAGGUGAUUACUGAAAUAGUCGGUGAGUGCUGUUUGCCAUCUGCUUCUUGUCCUUCAGUUUCUGGAUUUGUUAUUUCUGAUGCAGUUUUCCUCUGCAUCAUUUGGAAGCAGGACAGGGUUUCUCAGCAGCAUCAGACUUGACUGCCCGCUGUUUUCCCCUCCCUAAGGACUGUUACUGCGUUGCAUCCAGAUAGCCUGUAGCUAUUCUUUGUUUUCAUGCUGUUCUCUGCAGGCUUUUGGAACUAUUCGGUCAGAAGAAUUAUUUAUCUUGGAUCAGCUGGAGCAGACCUUUAUUUAAUAUAUUUUUUAAACUUACUUUCCUUGCCACAGUGCCAGGUCUUCCUAGUGUGGUGUUGCAGUCACCCGCUUACACCUCUGAAUCACCGUGGGUGAAGAAGCAUCCAGGAGAAAAGAAACAGAGAAAAACCAUAUCUUAUUUCUGUUGAAUUUGACAUUCUGCCCAACAUGCUGCCCACACUUUUUAUUCCCUUGUUAUUCCUUAUUGUCACCAACUUAAAUGCGACAGGUGGAAAGUGGUUUCAUCCAGAAUCUUGAAAGACAGUGGAAAAGCAGCAGGGACAGCAACCUGUGAAAACACCCUGAUCUUCUGAGGAUGUGUAUCUUGAGGUAAACUUCCUGUCUUUGAUUAAAUAGAUCAGGUUUAUAACCACUGUAUCAAACUGCAAGCUCUGCAACUGGAUAGAAUUGGAAGGCCCAGCACUGCACCCUGUCAGGGGCAGCGCGGCAGCAACAGUGCAGUGACCCCUUCAGCCAGGCAAGCGCUGUCCUGAGCUCUAUUUGGUGUCUGCCUCAAAGCGUUACUGCAAAAAUGCCGCAAGUUAGUACGUGGAUGUUUUCUCUCCUGCCUGCAUUGCAAAGUAUAAAACAUAAAUGCUGCAGUACGCAUCUUCUGCAGCCCAGAACUAUUUCAGGCCGCGCUUUCGCUUCUGGACAUUUGGCUUAAAAAUGUGAAGAUUGUACUAGAGCAAUCCUAAGUCUGUCUUUGCUAAAAUGUUGUGGAAAGCUAGUGCUUACUUGAAAUGAUAUUUACAAGCUAAAGGAUCGCAGAAUUUGUGAAAUUCUUACUGUAAUUAAGGGAUUGCAGACCAAAAAUAUCUAUUCCUCGGGAUAUUAUCAAGAUGCACAAAUAGAAAUGCAUGAAACCACAACUGGAAGAAGAGAGGAUAAAUAAAUACUUUCCUUCUAGUGAAGGAAAAUUCUCUCUCUAGAGCAAGGUACUAAUUUCAAAGCUAAUUCUCUCCAUUUCAAGGCUUCGUGGUAGAUGGGCCUGAAGAAGCCUGAACUCAAAGCGAUAAAGCAUGUACAAAAAAUAGAGCUCAAAGAGAUGUGGCUCGUUUUCCAGCCUUGAGUAUCAACAGCGUAACUUUACAAUGCGAGUUUCUAGAGAAGCAACUCCAGUUUACAGUCGUAAUGUCUCCAGCAGUAGCUCCACGCAAAGUUUUCUUGGCAUUAUUGUCCUCUCCCAUAAGAAGAUGACGAAUACAAGGAUCCGUGGUGUGUUACUUUUAUCAAGACGCUGUGGGGCCCAUGGCGAGAUCUGACCAGGUGGACAAAGGAAGGUGGGUGGCCAGUUGCAAUAGGAACUCAAGGAGAGAGACAUAAAAUCUUAGUAAUAUCCUUCUAGCUAAUGAGCUAGAAUUCCAGUAAUGGACGAUGGAGUCCAAGCCGAGCUUCAGUUUUUAAUUUACCAAAAAUAUUAAUACACUGGCAGGAUAUCCUUGGACCAAAAGAUAAGAAUGCACUAAUUUCAUUUAGAAACUUUCAUUUGGUCAGAAUUUCCAGCAAUGCCUGUGUCUCACCUCCAGAUAAACAUUAUUAAAACCUUUUCUUCCAAGUACUGUGCUGCUCAUGUAGCUGGUAAUGUGCAUUUCAUAUCUAAAAGGUGCUUUUAAGAGCCGCUGUCAUUAGAAGCAAAGACCUGUUUUCAGGAGGUUGCAUGGCUUUUCUUCCAUUCUGACUCUAUAACCCAAUGUGAAAUUGGGAACAACUGGAUGCAAGUAAAGCAGGUAAAGUUUUCUGGGAAAGCAAAACUUUUUUCAAAAAUCACAGCUUUUUCUGUCAGAUGUUGCCGAUGUAUUGUCAGGAAAAAGCAUCAAUUAUUAAACGGUAGAAAUGUUAUGGAGGAAAACUUUACUAUUUAAGAGCAUCCUUUGCUGCCAUCGUUCUUACCCAUCAGCAGCCUGGGCAGAAAACAAGUUGAGGCCGCUUGGGAAGAGCCGUGCAGGGCAGCCGGCCAGUCCCUGCUCCAACAAUGCGCUUGAGGAAGACUUUUCUUGAUGGAAAAAAAGAUGUGCGUAAUAUACUGUAAGUAUAACAUGUACCUCUCCGUACACUUUCCCAACUACGGGCUUUCAUGGCAUGAGGGAAGUGGGGAAGAAGCCAAGGAAAAGGAGGAAUUCCUUUGCUCAGUGGCAGCUCCUUGCAGUGGGAGGUUGCGACUUUGCCGGCCGUGGCAGCGGUGCCGUGUGGGUGAAGGGGAGCACAGAGACAGUUCUCGAGGGCAGCUUGUGUUACGUUGUGUUUCACAGCACGUGAAUUGCACCUCGAGAGUCUCUGCCAGACUCCGUCCCUAAUCACUGGCACUCUUGAUCCUGCCUGUAAAAUUUUGCAGAGGAAACCCAGUGGGAUAAAAAACAAGUGAGCAAAUUUCCCCUUUAGAGGCAGGGGGCUGGUCGGAGGCUCGGUUAUCCUCGUCAGCUUCCAGGGGGUGCGGGGGAGAGGACCGCUUCAGUGGAGGAAAAUCAGAGAUGGCUUGUGUCAUCAUGUUUACAAGUCCUUUUAGAUGUCGCUGUAAGUGCUCUUGCUCUUAGCUGGUAGAAGUGAAGGCCUGUCAGGGAAGGAAAAUGCCUUCUGAUGUUCCUGGAUAACUAUUUUAUUAGCUGCUAGCUUCAUAGUGUGCACUUGGAUGACUUAGCUGAAGGAAAUUAGUACACCUGAGACUUCCAGUCAGUCUUGUAUUCGCUUAGAAUGAAAAGUAGUUUGAUCAGUUUGUAUAAAAACAUAUCCACCCUUUUUCCCUCUCGAAAGAUCAGUGCUCUCCCUCAGGAAAGAAGUGAAAGCUGUUCCUGCACCUAUAGCGAUGGCUUCUGAUUUCCAGUGCUUCAGAGAGGGGUGCAGCUGUGUCAUUGUAUCUUCAGUGUGACAGAUCAUUCUGAGAUGAGAGAAUGAGAAAGGUGUUUGGUUUCUUUAAAACUAAAGUGGGCAUUACAAGGGGAGCAGUUGUGUUGACCUCCUUUCAAAUGGUGCAUGCAUCCAGUGUAAUCACAUCGACUGGGACUUGUUAACCAAUUAGUCGUCUAUAAAACUUCCCUAACGAACCCAAGAGGAGCAGCAUGACCUGCCAGACUGAUAUGGGACUGGAAGUUGAGUGCCGACAAAUUCUGAUCUCUCUACUGCCACUCGCGAGGACGUGGGGAAGCGGUGAGUGCUACUCAAGUGCUAAGUAUUGUUAUUAAAACUAUAAUACAUCAGGUGACACAGAUGCAUAGAUCAUCUGCCCUCUUCAGGCACUUGACUGUUAGCCUGAUAUCUUGGAGCCCUGAAAAUGUGCAGGAUAUCAGGUACAAUGAUGCACUUCGGUCUUGAUAUCACUUAUGUCUUCAAGGUCAGAUUUGGUGACUUCAGUUCACAGCUGCAAUACCAUGUUUUGGUCAAAUGGUGAUAAAUGAGAGUGUAACAACUCAUUUCUAAGUCCUUCUCUGUCUUCCUAAAUACUUUGUUUCUUAGGAAGCUGAUGCUGCUAUGAACAUAUUGAAUAACACUGAGUUUGCAAUAUUCUGCUUUCUAGAUAUAAAUGUUUAUAUUUUAAAGUGCUAAGACUGCAAUGCAAUAAACAUAUCCAUAUAACA